AUGGAGGGACCGAACGGGAAAGUGACCCUAAAAGACAUCCUGAUGGGGUAUGGGCAGCCGGUGAGCGAGGAGCAGGCCUGGGCGCUGUGUUACCAGUGCUGUAGAGAGCUCCGGCUCGGGGAGCGGGGUGUUCGGCGGGUGCCGAGCGGAGUGGAGGACGUUCUCCUACACCAGGACGGUGCGGUGUCUUUCGCUGUAUAUAGCGGUAAGGAGUACCAGGGGGGCAAAUCAGGCUCGGAAGACUCCGUGUGUUCCGAGAGAGAGAUGAUUGAACGCCUCGGUCACAUCGUGUACACCGCUCUGGACUGGGGGGUGACCAGCGAUCUGGAACGUGUCCUGAGCGAACCUCUGGAUAACUUGCUGUGUCUCAUGCUGGGGCUGCAGCCCUCGGCCACAGAGCCUGCGAUGAAUUCCCAGGGUGCCGUCACUUUAAAUGACACCAUAAAGGUCUGCGAGGAGCGCCUGUUCUCCCUGUCAGAGGCGUCCGAUCACUACAGGGCCAUCUGCCGGGUCCAGUUUGCUGAACACCAAGAGUUCUGCAAACUCCUCAGAACCCUGGAGCGAUCCAAGCAGAGUUUGAAGCAACUGGAGGCAGAAGACUUUCUGGCCAAAGACUCCCUCCCUUUAUACGAAAGCUGGAAUGACUUGUGGCGGCACGUGAUCAGAGAGCUCCGUCUCGGGAUCCGGCUGAGCAGCGCCAAAGAGCGCUCGUAUACAGGGCUGCCCGUGGUGUACAAGCCGUCGCCACACGAGCUGCUCAUGAAUGAUAUUCGAUGCCGGAGGUACACCCUGCGGGCCGUCCAGGAAAAUGAAAAAAAUAAAAUUAACCAAAGUCCGGAGAAUUUCAUUACGGACCUGAUCCGUGUACGGCCACUCAAACCGGCAUCUGAGAGAAAGCUGAAGGAGCGCCGUCUGGAGGAGCCGAGUCUCCAUGAGCUGCUGAUGACCGAGAUCAAAUCUGCUACUAAACUUCGUCCGCUACCCAGCUACCGGAACAUGCGCUUCGACGAAGAUGAGGAUUUUGGGACGUCCCGAAGCUCAUGUUGUGGCCAGAGUAGCGAUUCUGGAUUCGGUCACCGGAUGUGGCGCAGGCGGCGGAGCUGCUCGCACUCCAGUGAUCUCCUGGAUACUGCAAGCGAUGAGAAGAUCAGCUGGCCGUCUGAGUUCAGCUCAGAGACAUCAUCCGACAGCAAAUUCUCUGACCUGCCAUCUGUGAGCACAGACUUGAUGUUUGCUCCAGUGCUCACCUCUUCUCAAGUUGACCUGAAACUUAACAGCUUCCUGAGUCACGAUAAACGGACGUCUACUCACAAGCGCUCCAGCUCGUAUGAGGACUCGUUCCAGAGGAUGCGAUGUGGUGGGCAGCCUCCAAAGAGCUGCCAGUACCCCUGGAUUCACCCACCCACCAUGGAAGAGCUGGUUCUCGCACGACGAGAAACCGUGAAAGCUGAAAUAUUGGACUUCCUGGAGAGCAACAGGUUCUUGGGGAACAAGGUCUGCUUCAGCUGUCACAAGAAGAGACUCUUCUUCACUUGGCCGUACACAUGCAAAAUGUGUGAAAGGGUGAACUGUCUUGAAUGCAGCGUGGAGAUGCUGAUGCCCUUUAAGCAGUGCAUGCAUCUGCCGGUCUCCUUCUUCAAAGCACUGGUUCUGACCCGGGAGGACGAUCCAGUUUACCAGAAAGACAGCACCCAGAUGUUCUACAAAGAAACCCUAAACUGGGACAGUUCAAGAAUCCCGCUGGUGUUUGAACCCCACGCAGAAGAUGUUCCGUUCCACAAAAGCUCAAUGAAGAACUGGACCUGCAUGGACGUCUGUACCAAAUGUGAAGAGUACAUCCUGGACGUCAUGGACAGGAGCCAGCAGAUCGAGGUGCCGAGAGACGGAUUGAAAAUGCGUAGCGCCUCUGUGUCCUAA